AGCUGGCUUUACUGAAGAGAAUGAACUGCUCAGUGUCACAUCAAUCAAGAUGAACGAUGCACCAUUUGACCGCUCAGAGUCCGAGGAUGACAUUACUGAAGGCUAUGAUGACCCGGUCUCCUUCAAGAUUCUCUGUUUGCAGAACUUGACGCUAUUAGAGAAACUUCUAAUUGGUCUUCUGAUCAUCUUUUUUGUGAUCAUUAUUUCUUUGGCAGUUGGACUCACUCGACCUCAGAUUGUACCAGUCACCAAAUACUGCAACUCACCAGCAUGUGUGAAGGCUGCCGGCUCUUUGUUAUCUAAUGUUGAUUGGACUGUUGAUCCUUGUGAGGACUUCUACAAGUUUGCUUGUGGUCACUGGUUGCAGACGCAGCCAAUCCCACAGGGGUUUCAUCACUGGGAUCGCUUCCAGGAGCUCAGUGAACAAAAUCUCUAUAUGUUAAGCCAACUCAUAGAAACCAACUCACACAUUGGAGAAACAUUUGAGAAGACCCGUACAUUGUAUAGAAGCUGCUUGGAUGCAACUGUGGAACAAAAGGAGGAAAUAUUAAACCAGUUUAGCACAAUUAUCGAGGAUGUUGGGGGGUGGAGUUUGAGUAAAAAUGACAGCUUUAAUGACUGGAGUAUGCUGAUUGGCUUAGAAAAUGUUCAUGGUUAUGGGGCUUGGCCAUUAUUCAAGAUUGCAGUGGAAGUUGAUGAGAGAGACCCAACAAAGCAGAAUAUCAUUAAGAUUGAUGUUGGAGAGACAGUGCUUCCAUCAGAUGUUUUUAGAUAUACCCAUUCUGGACAAGGAAAUAUGAGCAAUACUAAUGCUACUGUGUCACCACUAGUUAAAGAUGCCACAGAGCUGAAAAAUAUUUUUAUGGAUGAAACAGUGCAUUUGUUCACCUCUUUUGGGGCUACAGAAGCAGAAGCUAUAUCUAAAGCUGAAAGCAUGUUGGAACUUGAGAAGUUUAUGACAUCUGCAUCUGCAGGCUACAAUCAUAUUCAUGACAGAUUCAAACUGUACAAUGUAAUGACAGUAUCAGCACUGCAAAUCAACUUUUCAAUG